GACGACAUUAAGUUUUUGCAUCGUAAGAAUUGUGCAAAACGUAUUUUCAUAGGGCCUUGGGAUAUUAGAGCACCUAUUUCUCCAUCAUUACUUGAAUCAGAAGAACAAUCACAAAUUAAUGAAAGCACUUUUAUUCCUACCGACAAUAACUCAAGCUUAAAAUUAUCAAACAAGUAAAGCUAUUAUAGUAUAUAUUUUAUUUUAUUUCAAGUCUAGUAAUUGACAUAAUAUAGUCAACAUACUUCUAUCAAUUGUAGUCAAAGUUCUAUUAUUGCCAUGCAUAAUUCAUCACUUGAAGAGAUGGAUAGCCAAUUAUCUAAUAACAAAGAAUUACAACACCAUUCACCAACUACUACCACUAUCUUAACUACAUCUGUUACCCCUAAUUCAGAUGGAACAAGUUUUUUUACAGCUAAAUCUAGAACAAACUCUACUAUCUAUCAUAGCGUAGAUUCAACUCCUUCUUUUCUAUUAAACGUAGUCGAUGACGAAAAUGAUGAAGAGAUAGAUUAUAGUAUACUUAAUGCUAAUAAUGAUAUGUUUGAUAUUUCAAACAAACCUAUAUCGCCUCCCGAGAAUAAAGAAAGUGACACAGAAUCUGUUAAAACUGUGAGACCAUCAGAUAAAGGUAAGGCACCUAUGGCUUCUUUACUCUCAGCAGUUCAUACAGAAACACCGCCCUUAACGCCAUCUCCUCCAACUCAGUUAUCAUCACCAAAGAGACAAAGAAAAAAAUUGUAUCGCAAAAAGAAGCCAUUAUUUUGGCGAAGAUCAGGCGUCUUGUCGCAGCAGAUCCCUACAAUUGUUACACCAGAUCCAACUGGUAAAAUCAUUAAAAGGGAACCUAUCCUUUGUAUGCAAUGUGUAUCUGGAUGUAAUAAUUCAGUGCCUACUCGAUAUAAAGCCGCAAAGGAAGCAAGAUAUAAUUUAUUAACCGAAAAAUGGAGACAAGUUGAAUUAGUUUUAACGGAUACAUUUAUUUCUACUUAUUCAGCUUCGAGUUUUUAUUGGCCAAAUCAGAAACUAGAACAUCGUAUCUUCCUUGUCGGCCCACGCAGACCUAAAAAACUCGAAUUAUAUUUAUUAUCUCCUUUAGACUAUUCCUUUUGUUUACGUUAUCAAACGUAUCGUUCAUCACGUCUACCUAUCAUGGUCACAAUGAUGUUUAAAGCAAAAACUUUUUCGAAAUGUCAAGAAUGGUACAUGCAACUCUACCAUACUUUACCUAAUGAAUGCAAACGUUCUAGUCCUCAAUGGUGUGAAGUAUAUAUACCUCUCUUGGAUCUAUCUGUUAAUUUACCUUUAGCAAAUGUCAGUCAUCCGAAUAGGAUCACAAUGGAGGAUGUGAAGGACACAGUUAUAUCUGUGCUUGAAGAAGAAAGAGAAGAAGAAGGAAAUGAACUGUUGAAUCGUUUAGUCACUAGGAGUGAUAUUAAACACAUAGUGGAAGAUCAAGCACCCUCUAUUUAUGAUCUGGGACUCUGUUGGACACAUGAAGAUCGAGCGGAAUGGAUCUAUUGGACACAUUCAUCCUCUGAUCCAGAGAAACGUAUUGAUACACUCAUUUGCCCUCAAAGCAUUGAAAACACACAUCGACUCGAGUUACGCAUGAUUGAACAUACACCAAAUAAUAUUAUCUUGCAAGAAAAUGUCAAUUUAAUAGAGCCCCCCUCUGUGGAGGGCUUUAUGAUUUAUCUCUCUGAUUUUCAUGGAUCUCUAAGUACUAUUCUCGCCAAUCGAAAAUUGAAUUAUUUUGCUACCUUUGAUCACUAUUUAUUCUAUAUACCAUCUGCUAAAGUGGAUCCCCCUAAUAUGGCCUGUUUCGUUGAUGAGGAUGUGUUACUAAGAAAUAUUAAAGUUAAACCCUAUGUCUCUGCUGUGUCUCCUUACAGAUCCACAGAGGAAAUUGAAAAAGCAGAGAUUCAGAGACGAAUGCAAUUAAUGAUAGAGGCAAAGGGUGUCAUUAACUUGACAGAGGUAUCUUAUGUAAGACGCGCAUUUUCAAAUGAAUUAGAGGCAUUAGAAGAAAGUAGUACGUCAGGUGGUGGUGGUGGUGGAGCUUUACGGAAACGACCCAGUCGAAUCCCUAUAUUAUCAAAUCAUACCAUAAAUCGAAAUCAAAGUUUCUUCCCUAUAAAGCAAGAACGACAUAAACCUUGUUUAGAGAUUAUUAUGGAAAAUGGAUUACAAAUUAAAUUGGAGGCAUACUCAAGUGAUACAUGUGAUCUUUGGGUGAAUUACUUGUCACAGAUUAUUGUCUAUUGGAAAGCUCGUAAAGAAGCCGAAAAGGAUGCCCACUCAGCUAGCCAUUAUACAACAAACAAAGCAGUAGAACAUAAACAUCGAAGAAAAGUAAAUUUGGCAGAUACAAGGAUUUGGAGUUAUUGUCUCUAUGAACAAUGCCGCGAUAUAGUGAAAUCUGGUAUUCUCUAUUAUAAACCUCGUAAGAGAGGUACUUAUUCGAAAAAGAUAUUUAUAUUAACAUCCAAUGGAUGGAUUUUAUUCUAUGAUGUAUAUAAUCGGGGCUCUAUGAAAAAGGUAUGUAAUUAUGAAAAAAAGGGAGCACUGGACAUUGCGGGAUGCUAUUUCUAUUCUGGAGUGGAUUGCAGUAAAAAGAAAAAGGGUUCUAAUGUGAACGAACAUCAACCAUUUAAAAAGUUAUCACGUAUAUAUGGUAAUGGAUUAACAACGGAUGAUGAUCCAUUAUCUUGCAUGUUCUCUAUCUGGAAGCCCAACAUACAUCGUUAUUUUAGUACAAAACGACAAAGACUUCGUGUCUAUCAACGUGAUCAACGUAUCAAUCCUAGUGGCACUACAUAUACUUUUUUAGCAAGAAGUAGAAAAGAGAAAGAAGAAUGGGUUUAUGCAUUAAAUGCAGUUACAGAGCAUAUGAUACGAUCUGAUAUUAGAUAAUGAAUAAAUAAUGAAUAAUGAAUAAUAAUAAAAAAAAAAGGGCUUGUCUAGAAUUUGAUACUAUAUUAGAAAGAAAGAAAGAAAGAAUAAAAC